UUCGCUCACUCUGUCAUGAGGAAGCGCCGUGUCUGUCUGUCUGUCUCAGCUGGCGUUCGUUAAUUGAAUCAAACCACUUUCGCGAUUGCACUUGGUCUCUGAAUCGGGUCGCUGUAACUUGAUCUUUCGCCCCCCUCCUCCUCACUGCUUCUCCCUCCCUUAAACCACUUGUUCCUCCUCGCAUACUGGACGGACGGUUCCUCUCUCGCCACUCUCCAUCGGCUUAUCCGAUUGACUUUGCUGUGCGGGAAAGACCACAACAUACGAAUUGAGAAGAGCACAACAAACAAUCGACUCUCGCGCGAGGCAACUUCCAUUGCCCAUCGCCUCUCGUCUGUCCUAUCCCCACGGAUUGGCUCGAGCUUCACACACAGAGCUUGGUCGUUGGAUAUCGCUGAGAUCAGACCACCAUGGCCGCCAUCACUCGCCAGCCCUUUGCUCCGCUGGAUGAAUCUCGUCUCCAAACCCUCACCAGCCUAAAGAACCGCCAGAAUGCUAUUCAAACCCCAGUGUCCAAGCGCAAGGCCGAGUCAAUCUACAUUGACGACGCUGAGAACGUCGACCCCAUCCUCUCGGUCAAGCGCUCCAAAGGCUCCAGCGGGAAAGGUUCUGUCCUCAAGCCCACCACCAACUUGACUCUCAAGUCUACCACCACUCCCAAAUCCGUGCUGUCAACUGUCCCUACAUCAGUGAGCAGCCGUCGCACCAUCACACCCAAGCCCCCCUCCGCCAAGCUCAACACCAAUGUCGUCAAGCCCUCGCCCUUGUCAGCACCUGCCGGUCGUUCGCCUACCCGCGGCAGCAAGCGUGCAGGUCUUCUGGGCAACAGCAGACGUCGCACGGGCCGCAUCGACCCUCCAUCGUUCAACAUCGGUGGCCGUGGCGGCGCUCCUUUUUCUCUCGACGCUGCCCUCAAGGGUACGAUUCCCAGCUAUGCCCCGGCCGCCCCCAAGGCCGCGCCGAAGCCUGCACCGCAGGAACCCGGCAUGCAAGCCAGCUGGUUCUUUGACAUUCACGAGGACACCGCCGAGCAGGAGAUGACCAACCUUCUCCAGCACGGCACCUGCGUCCUUGAUAUCUCGUCCGACGAAGAGUCGGCUCGACGCGCGAACCACCAAGGGCGGGAAGACAAGGAGAACAUUGCACCAGUCGACGAUGUGUCGCAGACCACGAGCCUCCGAUCUCGCCGCGCGGCUCGCGACGAUGAGAUGAUUGUUGAGAAGGAGCGCGUCGCGCUGGGUGAAAUGGACGCCAGCGAGUUCUUUGCGGAGGGCUUAGACGAGGCUUCUGUCAUCAUCGUGCCAGCCGACGAAGAGGCCGAGACCGAUGUGGAGGACAACACACGGGAGAAGAUGCCCGAGCCCAAGACCAUUGUUGAAAAGUUCGAGUUCGCCCCGGAGUUGAAACACCCCGUUGUCAAGGAAGCUACCCCCGAGCCUACGGCACCGGAAACUUUCGAGGCCAUGAUCAGCCAGUCUGACGAGGCGUCGCCGUCCAAAGCCGCGGUCUUGUUACCGAUCGAGGGCACGGGGGAGAGCUUCGAGCUCUGGGAGAGUGACAGUACCAAGGACGAGGGUGAAGCCACCGCGUCUUCGUGACAUGAUUUGAUGGUCUAAGUAAUGCGAAUGGUAAUGAGUGAUGGAUCUGGAAUGAUAUAUGUAUGGGCGCUGGCGUUUGGGUUGUCGGAUCAACAAUGGUGUUUGAAUUGUCAGCGGUAUUUGUUUGGAUUUGGUUUAGAUCGCUUUGAUGGUUUGGCCUUGCGUGGAUUGGUUUACUGCUUCAAUACCUGUUUAUUCCUCGUAUAUCGUGCGUUGCAAUUCUCGUGUUAUUGAUACUGCGCGCGUGUCUUG